GCGCGACCACCUGUCAAACUGGAUGACGCGACGACUGGCGCGCCAUCUGGCGUAGGAAACUUAAGUCUCUCCCGCGGCGGGUUCAGGUGAGUUUGUGGACGCAGUCGCGCUUUUAACAGCUGACAGCUCUGUUCCUUUUUGUUACCACGUGGACAAAGCAGAAGCAGUGUACGCUCACCUGGCUCGCGCGACUGACACGACGUUCACAUCUCCUUAUAUAGUGAAUCGGAACACCGUCCGAGAGAAAUCUCGUUAUCAUGAGCAAGAUUACUCAGGAAGCUUACGACGAGGAGAUUAAGGAAUUAAUGGAGGGUCUUGGCUUGACAGAAGAAGAGGCGGUCGAGGACGCUAUCAAGUGCUUUGAAAUGAAGGGGGUAGAUUUGAGCAACAUUAUCACAGAUUUAGUUCUCGAGGACAAAUACAAACAGAUAGUAAUAUGUCUGGAGCUAUUAACGCGUGCUACGAAUGACAAAAGUUACGAAUUGGUGCCUGAAACAUUGCAAAAAUUGCGAACCGAAUUGGAUAAGGACAUUCGAUAUAGAGUGUUUGCGGCUAAACGCAAGUGUUACAAUAUCUUAAUCGAUCUCUUGAGAGAUUGUGAAAAGGAUCGCGGAAUAUUUAAAUCCGCGCUGGAGACAAUUACUUCAUUAAUGUCCGGUUAUCCGGAUUUGUUGGACGACGACGGGAUUGCGUUGCAGACAGAGAUUUUAGAGAGGCAGCACGAUACUGCAACGUUACAAUGUCUAUUGCAUUGGAUACGAGAGUGUUGCAUAAAACAUGAACUGAACAGGCAAAAGAUCUUUGACACUAAUAUCUUCGAAAAACUCAAAAAGAUAUUGGUGCGCAAAGAUGUAGACGCGCACGAGAUCAAGGACACAUGUUCGGUGAUCAGAGCAUUGAUCCUGGAAGAUGAUAUCAGACAUGAAUAUGGAAAGGCCCACGAGCAUGCAACUAUCAUGGCAAAGGGCGCUCUCGAUGUUCUCACAGAACUGUUGACAAGAUUUAAAAAGGAUACGAAGGUCGUAGGUGAUUUAAUGAUCACCUUGGCCUCAUUAAUCGUCCGAAAUGAAUUCUGCCAAGAAGUGGAGGACGCCGGGGGUUUGAAAUUUAUUCUGGAUAUAAUGACCGAUUAUCCAGACUCUGAAAAAUUAAAUUGGCAAGCUUUAAAGCUGCUUAAAGCGCUCGCUGGCAAUGAUAAUGUAAAAUCUCACAUUGUGACUUCCGGAUGCGCGCCCCUAAUCGUAUCCGCUAUCAGUAGAAUGAAGAGGUCAGAGAAUGUCGUGACUGCUGGAUUAGCCUGCAUAUCCGCAUUAUCUUUACGAAGCACCUCAAACUCUGGUGUAUUUUACGAUUGCGGCGCAGCCCAAGUGAUCGUAGACGCUAUGAAGGCUUAUUCUAAUAAUGCAAAUGUCCUGAAACAAGCCUCUUGGGCGAUUAGAAAUAUGUCAGUGCGAAAUAGAUCCGAGUCCAAGGAGUUUUUGGUAUAUGGCGUUGAAGAAGUGUUGCGGGAUGCAUUACGUGUCCACGGUCCCAAGUUGGAGGAUAACGUGAAAGCCGCAUUGAGAGACCUAGGCCUGAAGGUAGAUCUAAAAGAAAGAUGGACAGGAAAAGGUGUUGGCGUGAGUAACGAGCGUUAUUAAUAAUUGUUGUCAACAAUAUUAUCGAGAUAAAAUAUGAUAUUAGAAUUAUAUUUACCAGUACAUGGAAAA